AUGGACAUGGACUACUUGGACCCUUUCCGCCGCCGCUUUCCUGGCAUGGCCGUGCAGCCUUUCGCGGUCCAGCAACAGGGGCAACCCCAAAACGCCCAGUAUCCGUACUGGAACCCUCUGAUGGCAUACUACCAACAGCAGCAUCGCGCGGCGGCAUUGAUGGGCCAGGGAAGCAUGCAGCCCUCAAAGCCGGCGGAGCCCAAGCCAAGAUUGGCGAAGGAUGAGGUGGAGCUGUUGGAACGCGAGUUCGCAAAGAACCAGAAGCCGAGCAGUAGUACCAAGCGCGAAUUGGCUGAGCAGAUGGGUGUCGAGGUGCCGAGGAUAAACAACUGGUUCCAGAAUCGCCGGGCAAAGGAGAAGCAGAUGAAAAAGACGGCCGAGUUCGAGGCGCAGCAGGCGAGGGAACGAGCGGCUUCGGAAACCAAGUCAACGGGCGAUCAGGACCACAACGCCGACAGCGACUACGAGCCUGCCAACCAGAGGCAACCCUGGAGCUCAUCCACGGACGCGUUCGGGCGAGACGACGAUGCUGUUGGAUCAAGGGACGCUGUCCUGAUCAAAAGCGAGCCAAUCGACGGCGCCACUCAGUCCUCUUCGCCAGUCGUACCAUCUUGUGAGAGCCCAACCAGUUCCGACAGUGAUGGUUUCGUCCAUGUCGACUAUGGCCACUUCGGCCGGUCAACCAAGGAAGCGGCAGGGUUGCUGGCUUCCGGGCCCAUGAUGGAUGGUUUCGGGGCGAGGCAGGAUGAAGAUGGGUUCCAGCAACCAUCAACAGCCUUCCCUUUCCAUCUUGCAGACGGAAGUGCCGCGGACGAUAUGACGCGUCCGACCUUGGAUGCGUUCGCCCCCCACAACGGUAUGGGUAUCAGCGACACAGGCGCAUUCAGUCCGUUUACGGAGCACGACUAUUAUGCUACUCCCUCGGCCCCUCAGUUUCCCUCCGAGAUGGUGGCUCCAAACGCUUCAAUCAACGUCAACAGCCAAUUGCUGAGGCACCAGGAAUCGAUGGAGAGCCUUUCACAGUCCGAUAUCGUGUCCCCGCUUUCGAUGCCCGACUCGCCCUCGACCGUAUCGAACUUGCGAUUCAAGUCCCCUCCUCCGCCGGCCGAUAUUGCCGGUCGCCGGAAGAGCAGGCGACCGGCGCCCCUCGGACUGCUGUCGCUAAGGGGCGGCCCCGGAGGUCCCAAGACCGGCAUUGAGGUGCCGAGGCGGGCCGAUACGGUGAGCCCCCUCAGACGGAUUUCUUCGGCAACAAGCCUCUACAGCCGUGUCCAGAAGUCGUUUAUGGCAUCGGGCGGGCCGCGGUCGCCGUUUGCCAUGGAUCGGAACAAGGAGGCGCUGCUUCAGAGUUUGCAGGAGUCACAAACUCCAAGCAUAGCACCUCUGAAUAAUGCCAUGCCCUCCUUGGGCCCGGAGGGUGUAAUUGGGGCGGGUUUAGAGGAUUGCGCAGUGGGAACAAGCCCUUCGGACGAUGAACAGGGCUUCGCCUUUGGCUCUCUGGGGCCGGUAAGCGGACUUCCCCUGUACAACGCCGAUCGCACCGUCACGUCCCCUCCGAGCACGCCAAACUUUCCCAUUGGCUUCCCGGACGCCCACUUCCCAAGUUCGCUCGACCAUGCCUGGAACUAUGCGCCGCAAGACGAGCCGUUGCCGACACCGAGCCUCUGCAGCCACGGCGGAUCCGAGGUGGAGUUCUCGAUGGCACCCCAUCUGCCGGGCUACGUAGCCAGUCAGCCGGUUACGCCGUCGUUCCCGCCCGCGAUGGGGCCGGCCUAUACCGGCUUCUUUGGCACGAGUUUGGGACAUGCCGAGUACCACUUCCCCGACUCGUAUCCAGUCGAGUCCUCGGCCCGGUCAUCCCCCGUGGCGGCCCCAACAUCGAAGCAGUUUCAGUUUGCCCAGAACAUCACUCCUCAGGAUUUCAACACGAAUAAGUCAUGA